GGUAGUAAUUACUUGUACGAGCUCGCACGUGCUUUAAUAGAAUAUGAGCUCCGCAUAGGGAGAAGAAGUAAUGUAAUGAUCGGAAAGAAAGCAACGGACAGAAGCUCGAAACUCCACCAACGGUCCUCCCUAUGGCGAAACUGCACAAACCUCCGAACCCUCAAACAAAUCCAUGCUUUCAUGAUCAUCAAUGGCUUCAACUCCAAUCCAUCUGCUCUCAGAGAACUAAUUUAUGCUUCAGCCAUAGCCAUUUCGUGGUCCAGUUUAGACUAUGCCCACCAACUGUUCGCUCAAAUUACCGAACCAGACCUCUUCAUGUGGAACACCAUGAUCAGAGGUUCAGCUCAGAGCCCCAACCCAUUAAUGGCUGUUUCUCUCUAUAAACAGAUGGAAAGACGGUUUGUUCGACCCGAUAACUAUACCUUCCCGUUCUUACUCAAGGCUUGUACUAGGCUUUCUUGGGCUAAUAUGGGAUGUGUGAUUCAUGGGAAGGUUGUGAAAUUCGGUUUUGAAUCGAAUACGUUUACAAGGAAUACUCUUAUAUAUUUUCAUGCCAAUUGUGGGGAUAUAAAGGUGGCGAGUGAGCUUUUUGAUGUUUUGGCGAAGAGGGAUGUUGUUCCUUGGUCGGCUUUGACUGCUGGGUAUGCCAGAAGAGGUGAGUUGAGUGUCGCGCGACAACUGUUUGAUGAAAUGCCUGUGAAAGAUUUAAUUGCUUGGAAUGUGAUGAUUACCUGUUACGCUAAGCGGGGAGAGAUGCAGAGUGCGAGGGAGCUUUUUGAUGAGGUGCCGAAGCGUGAUGUGGUGACUUGGAACGCAAUGAUCGCAGGGUAUGUGCUUUGUGGGUUGCACGAGCAGGCGUUGGAGAUGUUUGAGGAGAUGAGAAGUGUGGGAGAACAACCGGAUGAGGUGACCAUGUUGAGUCUUUUGUCUGCUUGUGCUGAUUCGGGAGGUUUAGAUGUUGGAGAGAAGAUACAUUGCUCUCUUUUGGAGAUGCGUUUAGGAGAUUUGAGCAUUAUACUUGGCAACGCACUUAUAGACAUGUAUGCCAAGUGUGGGAGCAUUGAGAAAGCACUUGAAGUGUUUUGGGGAAUGAGAGAAAAAGAUGUCGCAACAUGGAGUUCUAUAAUAGGUGGGUUAGCUUUCCAUGGUCAUUCUGAGGAAUCAAUUUGUCUUUUCAAGGAGAUGCAGAGAAUGAAAAUCAGGCCGAAUGAAAUUACCUUCGUUGGUGUCUUAAUUGCUUGCAGUCAUGCAGGAAAAGUAAAACAGGGCCGUCAAUAUUUUAAGCUAAUGAAGGAUGAGUAUAAUAUUGAGCCAAACAUAAAGCAUUAUGGGUGUAUGGUGGAUAUGCUAGGGCGUACUGGGCUAUUGAAUGAAGCGUUUGAGUUUGUAGACUCCAUGGAGAUUGAACCCAAUGCCAUUAUUUGGAGGACCCUGCUUGGGGCUUGUAAGAUUCAUGGAAACGUUGAGUUGGGGAGGCGUGCAAAUGAGCAGCUACUCAAAAUGAGACGGAACCAGAGCGGUGACUAUGUAUUACUCUCUAACAUAUAUGCCUCAAGAGGUGAGUGGGAUGGUGUCGAAAAGGUGAGGCAGUUAAUGGAUGAUAGUGGGGUGAGGAAAGAGCCUGGGUUUAGCCUAAUUGAAGCAGAUGACAAAGCUCUUGUGCAUUUCUUGUUUGAUGCCAAGCCUAAAUCUAAUUCCAGAAAGGGAACUCCUUGAGCUGCAAAGUGGUUAGAAUUCCUCUCUUGCAGUCCUUCCAUUGUACCAAUACAAGCAUGUUACAUGCAAUAUUAGAUGGCAUUUCUUUUAUAUAAACUUCUUUGGCAAAUAUUUCUAUUCCUCGGAACUUAUUCAUUUGUAUUUUCUUAUAA